AGCCUACAGUUCCCCAAGUUCCGUGUGUUCCUUCAGGGAAUAGGAAGCCAUGAGUGGCACUAGGCGGCCUCCGAAUGAACUGGAAAGUCGACUGCACCAGGCCGCUCUUGCCGCUCCAAAGCAGGAAAUAACUCCUAAGCAAGCAGAAGCCGUCGUUCCUGAUCCCAGAGAGAGGCAAAAUGCGCUGAAUUUCUUGUUGGGCGUGGGUCUGUUCAAGUCAUUGAAAGAUCCGAAGGGAAACCUGCUUUUUCGAGCGGUGUCCAAGGGAGAGCUGGUUGCGACGAAAGAUUUGUCUGGGGAAGAAAAUUUGGUGUUGAGUCAUAUCAAGAACUCGGGCAACGAAGGAAUAUGGACAAAGCAUUUGAAGGCCAAAACGAAUCUUCACCAGACGAUCAUCGACCGCUGUCUGAAAACUCUUAUUCAGAAACGUCUUAUCAAACGAGUACCUUCGGUCCAACAUCCAACCCGGAAGAUCUACAUGCUCGAAGGCCUGGAGCCUUCUAUCGCAUUGACAGGCGGUCCUUGGUACACCGACAACGAAUUGGACACGGAGUUCAUCCAACACCUGAUGGACGCCUGCUACAAAUUCAUCAGCGAUAUCAGCUUCCCAAAACGAAGAGACGCUCCUGAAGGUGCCCUGUUCCCUAUCUCCAAUGCACCGGACUACCCAUCCGCUCAACAUAUCCGUAACUCGCUCCGGAAGGCCCGACUUACGGAAACCGAUCUCAGCGUGGAACAUGUCGAAUCUUUGCUCAAUGUUCUCGUGCUCGACGGGAAGAUCGAAGCGCUCCCCGCGUUUGGAACCAGUCUUUGGGACUCGGCUGCCAUAAACGAGGAAUCGGACGAUGAAGAUGACCGUUCCCGCAAAAAGCGUAAAUAUGGGUCUGAUGACGAGCAUGAACGAAAACGCUCAAAGCGGAAGCGGAGCAAACGUGCCUCAUCAUCCGACGACGAAAGUUUGGAUGACCAUCGUUCUUCGUCCAAGAAAAAGUCGUCCAAACGACAUCGUUCUCCCGCGACUUCCAGCGACGCGGAAUCCGAAGAGGACACUAAACGAAAGAAGCGAAAGAGCAAAAAGAGAAGGGACGGCGACUCGGAUGAUUCUGAUAGCGAAGCGGAGUCGAGGCCUAGGAGCAAGAAGAAGAGGAAAAAGAGGUCGUCUAGGUCUUCUGAUAGCGAGACCUCGUCAGAAUCCGAGUCUGACCACCGGAGUCGAAAAUCUUCCAAAAGGUCAUCCAAGCGGUCGCCCUCCCCGUUCGACUACUCCGGAUUCGAUCAAGACACAGGCGGAGGUGGCCUUGUCUACAGAGCGCUGAAGGAAUACACGUCCCAGCUCGGCUGGGCACAAGCCCCAUGCGCAUUAUGUCCAUCCUUCGAUUUCUGCAAAGCAGAAGGACCAGUCAACCCUCAGGAAUGCGACUAUUACGACGAAUGGCUGGCCGCUAAGCCGAUGACAACCCUAACGGAUUCGGGGAUUGGUAUAUAG